UUCAGAGGUCACCAAAUUCCGGAAGUUGUUGGCUGCUUAUCCUGUUGCAGCUUGCCACUUCGUUGCAAAGCGGUUCUUUUAAUUUGUUUGUAAAUUGAUAUCUUGCUAACGGCUACAAGGAUUUAGGAGGAUUUUAUCACCGUCAAAAAUUACUUUGGGAUUUUGGGAGUUAUGCUUUUCGCCGGAAUAACACCACGGGAGGAACAUAAGACAACGUAAAUCAACCGGGAAGGUUGAGCCACAAGCAGUGGACAAAAUGAGUGCUAAAUAUGGCCUGGUUGAGCACAACAGUUCACGGAAGCACGUUUCCAUAUCCGUUCCAUCAUCCACAGAGACUAUGUCCCCCCAUAUAAAAUCUCUGGAGGAACUGAGGGUUCUGGGGAUCAGCCUCAGCAACUUCAGUACGCCCACACAGUUCUUCAUCUGUGUGGCUGGAGUCUUCCUCUUUUACCUCAUUUAUGGCUAUCUACAGGAGCUAAUAUUUUCUGUGGAGGGGUUCAAGCCCUUUGCUUGGUACCUCACUCUUGUACAGUUUGGUUUGUACUCUGUCUUUGGACUCGUUGAGCUUCAAUUCACACACGAUAAACGCAGAAGGAUACCCGGGAAGAUAUAUAUGAUCCUUGCAUUUCUAACAGUGGGCACCAUUGGUCUAUCUAACUCCUCUCUUGGUUACUUGAACUACCCAACACAGGUCAUCUUUAAGUGCUGUAAACUAAUUCCCGUCAUGAUUGGGGGAGUAUUUGUACAAGGUAAACGCUAUAAUGUGGCUGAUGUGUCUGCUGCUGUCUGCAUGAGUUUUGGACUUAUCUGGUUCACACUUGCUGACAGCAAAGUAGCACCCAACUUCAAUUUCACAGGGGUUCUCCUCAUUUCCCUGGCACUGUGUGCUGAUGCUGCUAUUGGAAAUGUACAGGAGAAAGCCAUGAAACUUCAUAAUGGCUCCAAUUCUGAAAUGGUGCUGUACUCAUACUCCAUCGGGUUCGUGUACAUAUUGACAGGACUGUUCUGUGUGGGUGGACUGGGACCAGCUGUGGCUUUCUUCUCAGAGGACCCUGUGAAGACGUAUGGCUAUGCGUUCUUUUUCUCUCUUUCUGGUUUUUUGGGCAUCUCUUUUGUGUUGGCUUUGAUUAAGCUGUUUGAUGCUCUGGUUGCAGUUACAGUGACUACAGGGCGGAAAGCCAUGUCAAUUGUAUUUUCCUUCAUGUUCUUCACCAAACCCUUCACUUUUCAGUACAUCUGGGGUGGCCUUCUGGUUGUCUUUGGCAUCUUCUUGAAUGUUUACAAUAAAAACAGCGAGAGAAUGAAGCUUCCCUCACUCAAGGACCUUAGGAGCUGGCUGCUGAAUGAAAAGAAAGUCCGACUUCUUUCACACAAUGUAUGAGAGGUGUCCAUUGGUGGAUCCGAUCACGGGCUUUGGGCUUCAUACGAUCAACAUAGAGCAAAGGAUGUGUGUUCUUUUUCCACCAAUCAGCCUCACAUGCCCAAUGACUGUACUACAACACCUUAUGGAAUUUUGGGGCUUGCUCUAGCAGGAGACAACUGGGACAGAGUGAAACUGCCUCAAACUGAAAGGGUUGUUGGUAUCAGAAGGAAUAAUUGUUGGUAGGCUGUUUUUGAAUCCAUAUCAACAGUGUUGCCAACGUGGACACUGAAGACCAAAGCAGGAGGAAAGUUGUGUAGGAAGUUACCCCCACCUCAGCCCCAUCUCAGUAGAACUAUAUUUUACAUUAAUUACUAUUAAUUACUACGUGCCAGAAAAAGUAGAUUUAUUUUAAAAGUUUUUCAACUAUGAAGAAUUUGCUCUUUGAAUGUUUGCAUCAAAUAUGAUUUUGGAGUGUUCUAUUCAAAUACUACAAUGUGCUAUCAUUAUGUGUUUGGAUGAACCAUCUUUUUUUUUUUUUUAACAAUAAAACAAUCUCCGUAUGUUGUAUUGUUAGAACAAGUCUUUCCGUGACUUUGCACUCACCAAAGUAUUAGGUGGUGUCAAUGUCCUUAACUAUUGAGACACUGACACAGUUCUCAACAUUUUGUCUCUAAACCACCCAAGUAGUUUUGAAAUGAAACAAAAUGUUUCAAAGAUUAUGGAACUACAUUUUUGUUCAAAAAGAAAAAAAAAAUCAUUUCCACCCAAACCACAACGAGACAUCACACAAUGCUGAUGGAGGUGUUCAGCUCCUCUAACAUGCUGAAGUUUUCAGUAUUUGAUUUGAUACAUUGGCACCUCUACUAGGGAAAAUCUCUUAUAACAAGAGAUUCAGGUUACGAAAAGCCUCACCGAAAAUUGUUCGUCUGUAGUUACGAAAGAAAUUCAGGAUACGAAAGGGGAAAAAAUGCGGCUGGAUUCCAACGAACGUAAACAUCCUGUACUGUAUCUUGGUUUGAAAGUGGCGCGAUAGAGCUGCUCUCCAUUGGCUACUGUCACAGCAUCUUCCUGGCAUCACAUCCCUCCAUUGGCUAUGAGUGAUGACUAAGUUUUUUUUCUUUUUUUUUGUUGGGUUGGUAAGUCAAUCUUUUCCAGUGAUGGACUUCCUGUAUCUUCAUCACCGAAUCCAUUGUCAUAUGCUUGCGCACACUCAUACUAUACAAUUUCUUUCCGGAUUUAUUCAUCUUUUUUCACCAUGGGCCCCCAGAAAUUGCCAAUGCCAGUGAAAAGAACACAGUUGUUUUGUCCAUCAAAACAAAACAAGAAAUUGUCAAGAAGUAUGAAAAAGACAUGCAUCCUUGUGGCUUCAUGCUGCUAUUGCGCCACAGGAUUUUUAAAGGUUUGAAGUUGAGUUUGAACCUGAAGUUAAGGAAAUUGUUUCGCUCGGAAAGGCUGAGGACAUCAGCGAGUGCAGGAGCACACGAUGAUCUUUCCACGUCCAAUAGCCCCACGUGGAUCUUUCGACAGAUGAGCUAAAGGAGCUGGGGACGAUGCAACAGGCAAUACACCAGCAGUUUGCGGCAUAGAGGGGGGCCACUAUUGUGUCAGCCAGAAUAAAAGAAGUGUUGACAAAAUUCCAUGACAUUUACGAAUUAUUUCAAAAGAAUCAUCCAGAAAAUGUUACCUAGUCGAGCUAUCGCUCCCUUGAAUGACGUUUGCCUUGUAAAUUUAUGUAAGAUUAUUAAAAGCCGUCAAAGGCAAAUGUCCUUGGAUUGGUAUUUCACGCAACAUUGAAAGUUAAUGUUUCUUUUGAAUUUGCUGUUUGUUGAAUUUAUUAAUUUUGGUGGAAUUAAGUUAAGUGCGUGCCUCCACUUCUGUCCCUGACAAUGCCUUUUUGUUCGCCAUGCACACUUUGCAUAUUUGCUCAACGCCAAAGGUAGAUGAACAAAUGUUUUUCUUAUUCUUUCCAUUAUGUACACUUUGCUUAUUUUUAAGGUAAAUGAACAUAAUUUUGUAUUAUUAUCACUGUAUUUGCUAGCGACUAUAGUUAUUCUUGUACUGGCUCAGCAGCCGGCGCACCUAAAUGAGGUAGUAGAAGUAGUAAUCAUCGAAUUUGUCCCAUUACUUUUGGUCAUUUAGAAAGUGGGAGGCUUAUUUCAAAACUACUAUAAUUCCUACAGUCUUAAAAACCUGUUUUGGAUGUAAAGUUCUGGAGUUUAGUAGUUCCCUGCUAAACUUUUUCUAUAGAACAUUUCUACAGCAUUUCUAUAGAAAUAUCUAUGGAAAUGCUGUAGAAAUUCAAUAUAACUUGAGGACCCAAGUUCUAUAGAACUGUUCUAAUGAAAUUGUACUCAAGUACUUUAAGACCAUUGUUCUAUAGAACUGUUUUCUGAAGACAGUUCUGUUCUAGAGAACUGUUCGAAAGAACUGAAACGACAUUGCUUCUACUUUGUAUUCGUAAAUUGCAUUAAUGUGACAAUCCCACAUACAUUCAAUCAUUGAGCCAUUAAAACAUCAUAGAUGAUAGAAACCUUUAUUAUGCAGUGUGAAACCAGACUGUCUUUCAAUCAUACAGACAAUUACAAACAGGUUAUUCAGCUCACAGUAAUACAUGCAUGUUUAACAUUUAGAAUAA